AUGGCCACCCACAGGAGCUCCAUCGAGAAAAACGAUGCCGUCUUUGAACACAGACCUUCUGGAGAGGCUCAUCUCGAAAAAGUGCCUGAAGCCAUCGACGUUGGUCCCUAUCGCGUGUAUGGAUUGAGCCCUGAAGAUGCCGAUUUCUUCAAUAACUACCCCGAAGAGAAGCGGAAGACGACUUUCCGUAAGGUCGACGUUCGUCUGAUUCCCAUGCUGGCUCUGCUGUACUUGAUCUGCCACAUCGAUCGCGCCAAUAUCGGUAAUGCCAAGAUUGAAGGCAUGGUUGAGGACCUAGGCAUGACUGGUGUGCAGUACAACACUGUCCUAUCUAUCUUCUUCAUCCCCUAUGUCCUAUUCGAAGUUCCCAGCAACAUCAUCCUCAAGAAAGUCAAGCGUCCUUCGUUCUACCUCGGCACCCUUACCCUCUGCUGGGGUAUCAUCAUGACCUGCACGGGACUGGUUCGCAACUUUGGUGGAUUGAUGGUUACCCGCAUUCUUCUCGGUGUCUUUGAGGCUGGAUUCUUCCCCGGUGCAAUUUACCUGACUUCUUACUGCGCCUUGUCGGGCGCCUUCUCCGGUCUCCUCGCCGCCGCCAUCGCCGAAAUGGACGGUGUCGCCGGCCUCGAAGGCUGGCGCUGGAUCUUCAUCCUCGAGGGUCUCGCCACCGUCAUCAUGGGCGUCUGCUGCUUCUUCUUCCUGAUCGACACCCCGACCCUCUCGAAGCGCUGGCUCGAGCCCGAGGAGAUCCGAUACCUGGAGCUCUCCAUCUUCAUCAAGUCGGGCGGCGGUGGCCGCGAGGAGGCCGGCGCCGGCGGCAAGGUCAACUGGAGGGAUCUCAAGAUGAACUUGACCAACUGGAGGAUCUACGUCCAGGCGUACUUCUUGGUGUGCCAGUCAGCUCUGUCGUACGGUAUCAAGUUCACCCUGCCCACCAUCACCAAGGCUAUGGGAUUCGCGAAUACGCAGGCCCAGCUUCUCUCUGCGCCGCCCUACGCGAAGAAAGGAGUCGCCUACUUCUCCGUUGUCCUCGCCGUCGUCGGCAUCUACCCCAUCCAAGCCGCGGCCGCGUCGUGGAACGCCAACAACAUCGCCCCCGCCUCACGAAGAGCAAUUGGUAUCGCGCUGAUGAACUGCGUCGGCAACGUCGGUGGCAUUGUGGGCAGCUUCAUGUACCUCGAGAGCGAGAAGCCGAAGUACCCUACCGGCUUCGGCUUGAGUUUGGCCUUUGGUGGAUCUGGAUUGAUUGUGGCUCUCUUGCUCGAGUGGAGUUACAAGUCGGCCAACGCACGCAAGGCCGCCAUUGCCGAGGAGGCGAAGACGAAGUACACUGAGGAGGAGUUGUUCAACUUGGGAGACAGGUCGCCCUUGUUCAAGUAUGUGCUUUGA